AUGGAAAACGUUAUUAAUUCAUUAAAAAGUACUGCCUUAAGUAUUGGUGAGCGGAUGACACCAGUACUUCUUCAAUCGAAAUUUCGUGAAACGGGUGUUAUAACACCUACGGAAUUUGUUGCUGCUGGUGAUUUUCUUGUCCAUCAUUGUCCAACAUGGAAAUGGGCAGCAGGUGAUGAAAACAAACUAAAAGAUUAUUUACCAAAAGACAAACAAUUUUUAAUAACACGCAAUGUACCCUGCUAUAAGCGAUGUAAACAAAUGGAACAUAAAGAUAAUUUGGAAAAAAUCGUUGACGAUGAAAAUGGUGAUGGUGGUUGGGUUGAUACACAUCAUUAUGCUGAUAGUACUAUAACAGAAGUACGAGAACAUGCUGGACAAAUGGAAUCAAGUGGUAAACAAACCCAAGUGACAGUCGAAGGCAAUGACGACAAUGAUGAUGAUGACGAUGAUGCUGCUGACAUGGAAGAAUUUGAACGUAAAGGAAUGAUUAAUAAUGAUCCACUAGAAGCUUCCACAACUGCAAAGCCUUCGGCCGGUGCAUCAACAGCAGACGAACCUGUUGGACAAAAUACAUUAGCGACUCGCACAUACGAUCUUAAUAUAACUUAUGACAAAUACUAUCAAACACCACGUCUUUGGUUGACUGGUUAUGAUGAACAUCAUAAACCAUUAUCAGUAGAAAAAAUGUAUGAAGAUAUAAGUCAAGACCAUGCUAAAAAGACAGUUACAAUGGAACAACAUCCGCAUUUACCUGGAACUGGACCUAUGCCAAGUAUCCAUCCGUGUCGUCAUGCUGAUGUCAUGAAAAAAUUGAUUCAAAUGGUUGCAGAAUCUGGCAAAGAACUUGAAGUGCAUAUGUAUAUUAUGAUUUUUUUGAAAUUUGUGCAAGCAGUCAUUCCAACUAUUGACUACGAUUAUACCCGUCGACCAUGUCACGUUAAUCAUUGUGAUAAUGAUCAUGUCUGCAUCCGUCGAACAGAUAUUCCAUUUCUAUAUCGUUGUGUUCCCAAAAGUUAUUUUAAACAACAUCUGGACAAAAUUACUGAAUGGAGUUUAAAUUCAUCAUUAAUUGAUGAAUUAGUUGACAGUACAAAAUGUCAACCAUGCUUAAGUGAACCAUUGUAUUAUGUAUGUGGAACUGAUGGGCGUGUUUAUCGGUCAGCUUGUUUUGUUGCAUAUUUUAAUUGUUUAUUAGGCGCAAAUAUAGAAAUUGCAUGUAAUAAAGAAUGUCCAUGUAAUCAUUCAAGUUUAGAUGAACAAAAUUUCGAAUCAAUGGACUGGAAUAGGAACGAAAAUAUCAUUCAUGAUCCAUUGGUUGAUGAAAGUCCCGAUGAUCCAAGAGGACAAUUUAAUCAAUGUUCACGAUCUGUUCAUCGUGAACUACGUAAUCGUUUUUAUGAUUGGUUUCAUCAAAUUGAAAAACUUGAACAUAAAAGUCAAUAUUAUGGUUCUAUUGAAAAUUGCCAUCCGAUGAUUUCAUAUAUGUUUUAUCAUUUCGAUGCAACGAAUGAUUCCGAAUUAGAUGACGAUGAACUAAAUAGUAUUGAACAUUUGAAAGAUGAGUCAUGUACUGAUAUAUUUUUUCAACGAUGUGAUCAUGAUGGUGAUCACCGAUUAUUACCAUAUGAAUGGUGUAAUUGUUUUCAAUAUGCGCUUCUACCUUGUGAAUUACAUAAUCAAGAUUUAGAUAAAGCAUUUUGGAAUAAAUCAAUGGAAGGAAUAUUUCGACCUCGAUGCAAUUCAAAUGGAUAUUACGCAGCAAGACAAUGUAACACGAAUACACCACGGCAAUGUUGGUGUGUUGAUAAACAUGGAAUUUAA